AACGUCUUGUUAGUUUAAGAGGAAUCCUGACAGAGACAGUCAGAUGCCGUUUUAACUGUCUUUACAAAUAAUGAGUGUCUUUCAUGACAAUGUGCCGUUGAAAAAUUGAAGUGAACGAACCCGGUGCCUGUCACUGGCGUGUAUGGCAAAGCUUCAAACCGAGCUCGACAGCUAGUUGAAAUACCUGUCAGUUCACUGUUCCGUAAUGUCUUGGCAAACGUGCGUAGCAUUUACCUUGUAGAGUGCAACAAAUUAUCAUUCAGCCGAAGCCACUUCAAUUCAUACAUCAAGCAACAAGUUAUUUUUAAUAAAGUUUCAAUGUAGCUAACGCAGCGCUUUUCCUCGGUGGUGGCGAGCAGUGAAAGAACUAUGAAAUUUUAGUUUGCACUGAGAUGCGGAGAUGCUUGGUGGAUUAUCUACGUGCCGACUUAACCUGAAUGCAAACAGCGGGUGAAGGGAAGUACAUUUAUUUAAGAGAGGUCGCGAUGUUCUGGAUCAAACUUCUGUUCUAGACCUCGAGCACCGAGUCGCUAGGGAACAUUGCCAGAUGACAUUUGAAAGCAAGGCUGCCGAGCUCAACAGCAACUAACAAACCUGCUCGACUGUCACACAGCUAACCUGAAGUUGAGGUUCAUGUCGUGUUAGUAUGUUACCCGUCUGAUCUGUGUUUUGUAUCUUGAUUUUUAACUUGGUUUUUAACGGUAAUCUGCAUUGAUUUCUACGUGCUUUUUGCGUUGAUUUGCGUACGUUAAGCGAGUGAAAGAGCACAAGAACGUUUUUUUGAAUCCAAACUGAUUUUAUCGACCGAUAGCCUCAUCCUUUCUGUCCAGUAAACCCUAACUUACAGAAAACCAGUGGACGCAAAGGGGAAUCUUAUGUGAUUUGAUCACCAUGAGACGGAGCCCAAGGAGACCUCUGAUCCUCAAAAGGAGAAAGUUGCCAUUUCAGCAAGAUGAUCCACCAGCAGCUUCCAAACAGGAUGAACCCAGCGGAUCAACACUCAAGGAAACUUGCAAAUCACCCACCAGCCAGUGCUUCCAUGAAGGCAUUCGCAUCAUGGAUCACCCCACCAUGGUUGACACACAAUUGGUUGUCAUCCCCAAAACAGCAGAUCUUCAAAGUGUUAUCGGGGCCCUCACUGCCAAAGGAAAGGAGUGUGGUCCCCAUGGACCAAACAAGUUUAUCCUUCUCAGCGGGAGUGGUAACCUAGACAAUGGGUCUUUUUGUCAACCAAGCUUUGAAGAAGACAUCUCAGCAAGGAGUGGUAUGGAGCAACCAGAGACACCAGAAACUAUGCAGAACCUCACAGAUACUGAGCCCUUCACUGGAAUUAAGCCAUCGAAUAAGGAACUUGAUUGCAGCCCUCUAGAUGACAGCCUUACCAAUAUGCAGUGGCUGGGCAGAAUGAACACAUAUAGCCUUGAGCUAGAUUCUGCCAAGAGCACUACAAGCAAGGAGAACCGCAGUCCCUGCCAGCAGGCCCUGCAGGCACACAAUGCACAAAAGCAGGCAGACACAGUUCACACACAACCCAGGUCAGAAAGGCCACCAUACUCCUACAUGGCCAUGAUCCAGUUUGCCAUCAACAGCAGCAAGAGCAGGAAGAUGACGCUGAAAGAGAUUUAUACGUGGAUCGAGGACCACUUCCCUUACUUCCGAGAGGUGGCCAAGCCAGGCUGGAAGAAUUCCAUCCGCCACAACCUCUCUCUGCAUGACAUGUUCACCCGCGAGAUGACCCCCGACGGCAAGCUCUCAUACUGGACCAUCCGGCCCGAGGCUAAUCGAUGCCUCACUCUCGAUCAGGUAUACAAGCCUGGCUGUGAUCCAUCUUCCGCUCCCAUUCCAGUGCCAAUGAUGUUAUUUCCCCACCAACAGCAGAAGAGAUUGGUUUCUGAUGCAAAGAAAACACCAAGUGGCUCAGAGAGAAAGAUGAAACCCCUUCUCCCUCGCACCGAUUCCUACUUGGUCCCUAUCCAUCUCCCUGUUACCCCCUCUGUCUACCUGCCGUCUUCCUCCUCAUCGGCCCAGUUUCCACCCUCUGGCUCUCAGCAGAAACAGAACACCUCACGUGGAAUCAAACGAGUCCGGAUUGCACCUAAGGUGACGCACAGUGAUGCCCCAGCUUUGGUGCUGCACCCUCCUACCAAUGAGGAGCUCAAGGAACAGGUGAAGGAGGAGCAGGUAUGUGUUCCAAUAAAAUCAGAGACUCCUCGAACGCCACUGAGGAGAGAAGCCAGCAGUUCACGGCGUAAACAACGCCUGGUUCACCCUUCACAUGAGGAGCCUGUCCUCCUCUUCCCCGAGAGUCCUUUCUUUGACUCGGGUGUAGUCUCCGACGCUUCAACUUUUCAGGACAUACGGGAUGCUGAGUUGGACCACCAGCACCAGCAGUGCAGCCCUGGCCAGGAGUACUCUUUCAAGACUCCGAUCAAAAGCAGCAGCCACCUGACAUCCUCCACACCCAGCAAGCCCCCCACUAAUAUAUUGCCUGAGACCUGGAAACUGACCCCUCUGGGCAAAGGGACCCAAGCUGUGCUGGACUUCAGCCCCAUUCGCACCCCUGGCGUUUCCACUCUCACCCCCCAGCGCCAUGACUACACCACCUUCAGCUUCAAUAGCACUCCCUUCAAAGAACUUCCUCUGUUUAGCUCGCCUAGAGAGCUGCUCACAUCCAGUCGCUCCAGGUCAGCAGGGCCCACAGACUCUCCCACCGCCGAGCACCUCCAAGGCAGCUGCUCCGCAGAGCUGCUCCAGGCGGGAGGCAACACACCACAAAAUCGCUCCCUCACCGAGGGCCUGGUCCUGGAUACCAUGAAUGACAGCCUGAGCAAGAUCCUAGUGGAUAUUAGCUUCACUGGCCUGGAUGAGGAAGACCUGGGCAUGGCUAAUAUAAGCUGGUCAGAGUUCAUCCCUCAGUUCAAUUAGCUUAGAGUCUAAAUCACUUGAGCAAUAUUUGAUUUACAGUAAACAUAAAUAUGAUGGAAAACCAUAUCCAGAAGACAGCAAAGCAGCAGCAAACUCCACUGGUCUUUGGACAAAAACUUUAAAUAUAUACAAAAAAUAUUCUGUGGUAUGUGGGAGAAUGAGUUCCAAAUGAAAAGCUCGAGCAACUAGAUAGAGAGCAGUAUCCAUGAAGGUAAUCCACACUGUUAACUAAUGUAAAAGUUAAAGCUUUUUAAGCAGGUGAUUUGGAGAUAAAUACAUUGUUCAUAACAUCAAGGAGCUGAUUUGCUGAUUUUUUUUGGAAAGGCUUGUUUCCCUCUGCUUCGCUGUAUUCUGAAUAGUGUUUCCCGCCUGGAGUAUGACAGAAAAUCCAUAUGGCGGCCAUGGCAAUAAAGCAAAUUCUCUUCCAAGGAUAGCUCAAUUUUAGCUAUUAAGUCAAACCUACCAAGCUGCUCACUUGUCUCUUAGUGUCAUAUCUUUGGGAUUUUGUUUUCCACUUCUCAUUUUUGUUUUUCUUUACUUCACUUACUGUAUUUCCUUGGUCUUCAAACCAUUUUCUAUCAGUAAACCUCUUUACACUUACACAAGCUUAACACAAGCUUACACGGGCUUUUAACAUUUUAGCCAAGUUGUUGCAUCCCUCUAAUUUUGAAGGAAUUGCUAGAAAAGAUAAAUAAUUCUAUGUAUAUGUAUGUUGAUUUGCACAUUUCUAAUGUAUAUAUUUAGCUUUUAAAGAUGUAAAUGGAAAGAAUAUAUGAUCUAGUCCUUCAGUGAGAUACUACCAUGCCAAAAUAGAAGAGGUCAUUUGGUUCACGCAGCCUCCUGGAAGUGACUAGAUAUACUUGUAGUUUGACAUGCAGGAUUUCUCAGCAAUAAACAAUGACAGCAUAAACAAAUAGCACUAACAGCAAUAGCAUUGUCCAGGUCCACAAAUUGUAUAGCUCACUUGACUUUAUAAAUCCAGGCAAAACGUGUUUGAUCAUUAUGCCAUCACCAGCUUAAAGGCACUUCGUACCUAUAUUUAGGGACAUUUUGCAUGCAGUGACUUUUACAUUUUAAGUUCACUUUUGGAACAACUGAAUAUUUUGUAAGUCAUCUAUGUAGCACAGAUUGUAGGCCUACAAGUAGGUGUGAUGUGAUGUUUGUUCUUAUGUGCUCUGCUACUCUGUAGAUAAUCUAUUUCAAUAAAACUAUUGCUAUUUUAUAAGAGUGGAGUGGAAUUGGGGCAAAUCGUUUCUAUUGAUUCCAAGCACAGCAGUUUGUUGCAGCACUGUGUUUGGAAGACAGGAAUAGAGCAUAGCCUGAAGAUUGUACCUGUUAAAAACACAAUAUAAUGUAUGGCUUUGAUUAUUCCUUCAGGUUUCUUGGCAUGUGUGUUGCCUGUGAGUGGUUUUACAUUGUAGUGUUGACCAGUAUGUAGUGUGUAUGACAGUGAAAGAGUAUGUUGUUGAAACUGUUUGGAUUUCAUUCCUGGUAAACAGUUUUCCUAAUAUGUGCCUUUUUUCUGUUUAAAAUUGGUGUUUCUGUAACAGUAUAUUUAAAAAAGAAAGCAUGUAGGGGUUUUAUCCAGCUAUGUUUUCAGUCAUAAUUACACUUUGCUCAAUGUUCAGCUUAAUCAGUGUAUUUACACAAUAACAUGCCAUUUAAACAGCCUGACACAAGCUAAAACUACACAAACGGCUAGACAUUGCAACUUUGUAGUCUUCAUCACAACAACUGCACAUCAAGGCCAGCUAUUUGUAUUCUUUAUUUGAAUAAAGGCUGAAAAAUCCUU